CCUCGGGCUUCUCACUCUGAGCUGGGAGAGCAACAGCAUUCCGUGUCUCAACAUCAUGUCCUUGCAGGCUGAUUUUGACCAGGCCACACAAGACGUGAGGAAGCUCAAAAGCAGGCCAGAAGAUGAAGAACUCAAGGAACUCUACGGGCUCUACAAGCAGUCGGUCAUUGGAGACAUCAACAUUGGUGCCUGCCCAGCAAUGCUAGACUUACAGGGUAAGGCCAAGUGGGAAGCAUGGAACCGCCGAAAAGGGUUGUCGAAGGAAGAUGCCAUGUGUGCCUAUAUUUCUAAAGCGAGAGAGCUGAUUGAGAAAUAUGGAAUUUAGAAUGUGAUGGAGGAGACAGAUUGCCUUUGGAAGCCUUCUUAUGCAUUAGUAACUCUCUAAAUAAAGUCAUGUAUUUUUCCUAUUAGCAUGAAUUGUAAUACUUAGGACUAUGUCAACAUAGUUACCUGACUUUACUUACUUGAGCAAGGUGACUUUAAAAAGUUCCUUUUCAAAAAUUGUUCGUUCCAUAGUAUCCAUAUGUGCUUUAAUAAAUGGGUUUUUUGGCA